UAUACCUUUGUCUUCUCUUAGGUUAUAAAGAAUGGAGAGAUGCUCGGAGUAUCACACUUGAGGAACAGAAGAGUGCUGUCUAAUGGGUUUAUAUCUCUUGGAAAGGAGAAUUUGCAGCUGAUGUACAGUGAUGGUGAUAAAGCAUUCGGCACAUCAACUGAGCUCUGUGUCGAUGAGAGGCUAAGAAUCGCCACAGAUGGAAUUAUAAUGGUCAGGAAAGCAAAAGCGAGUCUGAUCAGAGUAGAAGAGGAUGGUCGUAUUUUGAACAAGUAGACAACAUUCUGUCUGAUCGUGAGCCAACCGCCACGGCCACAAAAUGAUCGAUUCAUUGAGGGGACUUUGCAACCUCUGCCAGCGGAGAAUGAAUCCUUGACAACUAUGGAAACAGUACAUCAGUGUAUGUAGAAAUCCAAGCAUGCAUCAGCACGAAAUUCCUUGCUUCAGAUGAGAAGGAUAAAGAAGGAAGUCGGCCAUCCCUAUAGCAAGAGGGUAGAAGUUUGGCAAGUCUUACGAUAAUUGAUUUUGAUAUAGAAAUUAGUUGAAAAGUCUGAUUAUUUCCUUA